GCCCGUCAUGUCUUGUCACUGAAGCUCAAUGCAGAAGUCACAUCAACAGACAGCAGCAGUAGUCAGUACUCUAACCAAGAUGUUUUCUGUUUUCAUACUCUUCGCUCUCUUUUAUACCUCUGUAUCAUUCAAUAUUGAUUUGAAUAUUCCUGUUGUGAGACAAAGCGACCAGACUGGUAGUUAUUUUGGGUUUUCUGUUGCACAGCACCAGUGGUUCAACUCGACGUCGAAUGCUUAUGAAAACUGGCUUCUAGUGGGAGCGCCUAAGGCGAACGUAAGUGUAAUGCUCGCUCAAAACAUCGUGAAUCCAGGAGCAGUUUACAAAUGUAGUUUGAAGGAAAACUCAUGUGAACAGAUGCCUUUUGAAAACAGUGGUAAUGAGGACGUUGGUGGUAGUGUCAUAGAAAACAAGAGUAACCAGUGGUUUGGUGUGUCACUUUAUAGCUCAGGACGUAAUGGAAGAGUCGUGGCAUGUUCACAUCGUUAUUUGUAUAAAGGACAGAUUGCCAAUUAUCACAUGUAUCCAGGGAAAUGUUACUCAUACAUGGGAAGCUUGUCGAAGGAAUGGGAAAAAACCCUUUAUGAAACAUGCAGAAAUUUGAAUGACCAGGAUGCCUCAAAGCAGACCCCAGGUGUCUCAGUAGCCUCCUACACAAGAUAUCAGUAUUGUCAGAUGGGAGUCAGUGCAUUGUAUCUUCCUGAGAUCAAAACAACAAUGUUUGGUGCACCUGGGUCUAUGAAUUAUCAAGGUGUCAUAUUUUACAAGCAGAGAGGCCAGACGAAAGCCAAAGAGAUGCAGAACACCUCAUCUGCAUUGGGCUAUCAAGGUUUUUCAACUUCAUAUGGUUCUUUCUUCAAACCAAAACAAGUUGAUAUUGUGACUGGAGCACCACGUUUUAAUCACUGUGGAAUGGCUGUAGUGUUUGAGAGAGGUAGUGGUAUCUAUCCAGACUAUCACCCCCGUAGGGUUAUUCUUCCAACUGAAGAAGAGGGAAACCCACAACCUGGCUCAGGAUUUGGUUACUCCGUUGCUGGAGUAGAUGUUAACAAUGACAGCCUGACAGAUGUCCUAGUAGGAGCACCUUAUUAUUCUGUCAAGGAUUCACCAAACGAAGGAAGAGUGUUUGUUUAUAUCAACAAGGGAAAUGGAGUGUUCAAGAAGGAGAUGGAGCUAGCACCAAGUGUCAAGAGGAGAAUGGCUCAGUUUGGACAUGUUGUAGCAAGAGUGGGUGACUUAGAUCAGGAUGGCUAUGAAGAUAUUGCAGUAGGAGCUCCAUAUGAAGAUAUGAAUGGCGUAGUUUACAUAUUUAAUGGCUCUGCUGAUGGGCUCUCCAAGAAGCCUGCACAGAUUAUAAAGUCUUCAGAGCUGCCUCAGAAGCCCAAAACCUUUGGAUAUUCUAUAGCUGGACGUCUUGAUUUAGAUGAAAACGGCUACCCAGAUAUUCUGGUUGGUGCCUAUGAAUCAGACAGCGUAUUUCUGUUAAGAUCCAGGCCUAUAAUUGACAUGCAAGCAAAUAUUGCAAUUACUCCAAAUCCAUUUGACAUUAGGACCAAAACCUGUCCAGUAUYGUAUAAAGGAAAAACUAUCAAUACAGCAUGUAUGGCAAUUCAAAUAUGCUUAAGUUACAAGGAAAGGAAAAACAAACUUAAAGAUAAGUUAAGCAUAGACUUAACUGUUGAGUCAGAUGUUGAAUAUGUCCAUCAAUCCAGGACAAAAAAAGAGGCUCGUAUAAUGUUUAUAGCAACAGGAGGUCCUAUCUAUAACAAGACUUUAACAAACCUGCCUGUUGAUCCAACCAAGGAAUGCUUUGUUGAAAACGUUUUCUUGAGGGAGAAUGUAGAAGAUGUGUAUCCUGAUAUAACAUUCAAAAUAAAUUUCCUAAUGCAUGAACCCAAGACUCCACCCACAGCCGCCCCUGAUAAAAUGCCGUCCUUGGCUGGAUAUGCAAUGUUGGAGGAGAAACAUAAGAAUUUUGUGACAGCAGUGCUGAAGUUUAAGAGAGAUUGUGUCAAGUGUGAACCAAACUUAAAUCUGGCUAGUGCAAGUAAAAAGACUCUUGCAGUAGGAGCACAAGACUACCAACUAAAUGUAACGAUUUCCAAUUCUGGUGAAUCAGCUUAUAACACAGAACUAUUGAUAACUGUUCCUGAAGGAGUCACUCAGAGUGCAGUCUAUGAUGCUAGUGAAAAACAAAAGGAUCGCUUUACAAUCAGUCACCUUGUUACCUCUGAAAUACUUAGUGAUAACAGUUCAAAGCUUGUCAUACCUGUUGCCAACCCUCUUAAGAAUUCUGUGACGAAAAGAUUCCAAGUUCUACUUAAUACUGCAAGCUUCAGCAAAUCACAAGAUUUCUUAGCUAUAGAUUUAGAAGUAAUGAGCUCCAACAAAGAACCUGAUAAGCACAUGGCUGAUAACAAGAUACAUUUAAAUAUUACUAUUGUAUCACGAGCUGACUUGGAACUAUCUGGAUCAACCAGGCAAGAACAGAUUUACUAUGGUGGAGAAGUAGUUGGUGAAAGUGCAAUGGUUACUGAAGAGGAUAUUGGCAAUGAAGUCAGGCACACAUAUAUUGUACAAAACCUAGGACCAGAUCUUGUGCCUGAAGCAGAAAUAGUAAUCAAUUGGCCUUAUGAAGCACCAAGUGGAAAACACUUGCUGUACCUCAUGGAAGUCAUGGUUGGUGGAAGAGGAGAGUGUGAAUUCUUGCCGAAUCAGAUUAAUUUACUUAACCUCUUGAAAAAAGCAAAAUCCCAAGCAUCCAGAAAUGCAACAGCUAGAGAUAUUUCAAUACGAAAAAGAAGAGAUGCUCAACCAGAACCAGAAAAGAAAGAAUCAAAAGAAAAACGAGAAACGGCUGAGAAAGCUAAAGGACCAAAAGGAGUUGUUCUGGACUGUAAUAAUACUCCCUGUACUCCAAUUAAAUGCACCAUGAAAAGACUGACCAAAGGUGAUGCAGUAUCUUUUGUCUUGAGGGCAAGAAUAUGGAAUGGAACUCUUCUUGAGGACUACUAUGGCAAAGAAGUGGAAGUUGUUUCCAGUGCGACUGUCAAAACAUCUGUUUCUUUUGUAAGAGAAGUUGAUGAAAACAACAACAAGGCUGAGAUCCGUACCCUGUUUUUCCCAGACUUUCCUCCACCUCCUUCCAAAAAACUAGCUUCAUGGGUCAUUCCAGUAGCUGUGGUUGGUGCAGUACUAGCACUUCUUAUCAUCAUUCUCAUCCUUUGGAAGCUGGGAUUCUUCAAGCGAAAAAGGUUUGAUGGAAACUUGACAGAAGCAGAGGGAGAGGCCAUGUUAGAUUCCAAGCAAGAAAAGAAGCCUUUUGAUCAUUAACUAUUUGGACCAUAGGAAUCAUUGGUGGCCUUGCUUGCCUCUCUCAAUACGAAUUAUAGACACCAGAAUAGAAUGGAGGUAUUCUAGUUCAAAGAUGUUUUUCACAAGUAUGUCUUAUGAAAAAGAGCAUUUUAUCCAAGAUGAAUAAGACAUCGAUGACUGAGUGUUGUAUGGAAAUGACAUUUGGACAGAAAAAUACAUAUACAUAUCCAUAUGAACACAAUACAACAGUAUCAUUUCAAGACUGUAGGCUGUAAAGAAUUCUGUCAAGACAGUUAUAUUAAAUUUUUAUUGCAUUAUGGUUUGACAUAUAAUUAUUUUAAAUACAGGAUUAGCUAAAGUUCAUGGUGUUCAGCCAUACAUGUAUGGCCAGUUUUUAGGCUUUAGGUAAGCUGUAAAUAGCUGGGACUUCAAAACUAGCUUCAAAGUCAUCAUUCAUUUUCAUGUGCCAGUAUUCCAGUGCCAUGGGUCAGAUUUUUUGACUUCAACAAACAAGAUGCAUUGUGGUCCAGCUUGAGUACAACAACACUAUAUAAGCAAUAUUUGUACACUUAGACUGCAAUGCACCAUGUUUGCUCUCAGAAAACAUCUAUGUUUAUUGUUACGUUUAAUUUCAGACCAAUUUGUCGCCACUUCUUCAUGAAACAGUUUUUAACCAGUUUGAAUUCAUGCAGCUUGCAAUCUUAAGAUUGAAUUUUGUCCCUGUUUCAUGUUACUGUGAGGUGUGGUGUAGUGUAGUGUGAUGGUAUAUAACUGUGUGUAGGUCAAGUGAACACACAUUAAGCAGAAUUAGUAAUUUAUAACAUUUGUCAAAGUUUUACCUUCCUCAAAGAAACUAGUUUCAAGCUUUAUAGUCAGUAAUAGCAGAUCAUAAUCUCCCCUACAAGAUGUAAAAAUGACUUGAUAUGUUAACUAGAAAACAUUUUGACAUAAAUAGCAGGGGUAGUUAUAAAGUGUUUUAAUAAAUGUACAUAAUGUGCCAAUACAUUACAAUCUAUAGUUAGGUACAUUAAUUUUUUUGGAUUGUUGGAAUGUUAUUUACAAAUUGAUUCAUCAAAGUUCAAGUUUCUGUUGCAGCCCUAAUUUUGCCCAGGACACAGAAACUUUAAUUAUUCCUUUCUGAAAAUUUAAAAAAAAAUCUUAAUAAAUGAUACUUUAAGUAACAAAGAUGAACAAAGAAUCAUUGUGUACUUCCAAGAACAUUUCCAAAACUUGUUUAGCAAAAUAAACUGUAAAUCUAGAAAAAUCUAGAUCUAUGCAAGAAAAAUAUUUUCAAGUCUCGCAAACUGGUAUUCAACCUAGUUUGAUAGUAUUUAGUUAUUUUUUUAUUUUAAUAAAAAUUUUGAAAUUCUCAUAUACAAUAUAAUGGUAUGUUGUACUGCAUGCAGAGUACAUGUAAUUUUUUGGUUUCAAAUAUAGUUCAAGUUUGCCAAUUGUUUUAUUUUUUUAUGCUCGUUGUUGAAUCCAUGGCCAAGAACCCAACUUUUUGUUCCAGUUUCAUUGAUUUCUGCUAUUGGGUUAUCAUUGUGUUAGCCUCUCUUUUCUCAUUUCUUGACUACAGUGUCAUUUAUACAGGUUUAGUUUUAGCGUUUAAGACCAAAUCAUUUUUCAAAAGUCAUAGAGUGGUUUUCAACAACCCGUGAAACAAAAGUUACUUAUUARAURGUAAWAGCCAGAUUCAAACAAUAGAAAACAAAGGAGUUAGAGCGUAAUAGUACUAAAYACGYUAAAAUGUAUUUCACAKGUUUAUGAAAAUCACUCCAUGUCAUGACUAUUAGAAAAUGUUGGCAGACAGAUUUGUGUGGUAUGAUCGAUAUGUCAGGUUCUUGGUGGAGAAACCAAUGCAAAAUAAAAAUCUUUUAAUGCUA